UUUUUUUUCCACUUGUGGUUAGGAUACAGAAGAACGACCCAAAUGCCGCCUCCACCAUCACCUUCCCGUUUGUAUUAGAUCAGUUGGAACCAUCUCACACGAGGGCUUUAGAAGCUGUAGGAUUUGGUGCGUUGGCUCCGCCCCCUCCGCACUCCAGAAGGUGGAAAAUCCCGUCUUAACUCAAAAUCCUCAUUUCCGCGUCCUUCAUUCACACCGCGUCGUGCCGCUUCCUCCAGGAUUUUUUUUCCUUCUCAAUUAAAAAAAAAGGCCCGGAUCUUCAGGUCGAUGUAAUACCCGCUUCCCUACUUCUUCACUUAAAGAUGAAUUGCCGAGUUGCUCCUGCCGUAUGCAUGAACUGACCGCACAUCGCUGCGCGCUUCUUUGAUCACCGGCUUAUUUCCCAGUGCAGAACGACCUCCUCUGCCGGUACCGACAGAUAACUCACUCGUGUUUAAGACGGAUGCGGGAGCAAUGACAAGCAGCGCGAUGGAGCCGCUGAUCGCAUGCUGAUGUUUGCGUCCACGAUGGAUUCUUGUAUGUCCGCCUUAAGCUUCCGAUUUAAGCAUAUCAUAAAUGGAGGAGGAGAGUGACAACCGCAAGAUCAACAACAGCUUCCUUCGGGAUCACAACUAUGCAACAGAAGCUGACAUCAUCUCCACGGUUGAGUUCAACUCAACAGGGGAGCUUUUGGCCACUGGGGACAAGGGAGGACGUGUGGUGGUUUUCCAGAGGGAGCAGGAGAGUAAGAACCAACUUCAAAGAAGAGGAGAGUACAAUGUUUACAGCACAUUUCAGAGCCAUGAGCCGGAGUUUGACUACCUAAAGAGUCUUGAGAUUGAGGAGAAGAUCAACAAAAUAAGAUGGCUGCCUCAGCAGAAUGCAGCGUACUUCCUUCUCUCUACCAACGAUAAAACUGUGAAGCUGUGGAAGAUCAGUGAAAGAGAUAAAAGACCAGAGGGCUACAAUCUGAAGGAUGAGGAUGGGAGGAUCAGAGACCCUUCCACCAUUACGUCACUACGGGUGCCAGUGCUGAGGCCAAUGGACCUCAUGGUGGAAGCGACACCCAGAAGGGUUUUCUCUAAUGGCCACACAUACCACAUCAAUUCCAUCUCUGUUAACAGUGACUAUGAAACAUACAUGUCUACAGAUGACCUUAGGAUCAACUUGUGGCACCUGGAAAUCACCAACAGGAGCUUCAACAUUGUGGACAUUAAGCCAGCCAACAUGGAGGAGCUGACAGAGGUGAUCACAGCAGCAGAGUUUCACCCGCACCACUGCAACACAUUUGUCUACAGCAGCAGUAAAGGCUCUAUCCGUCUGUGCGACAUGAGAGCUGCUGCCCUCUGCGAUAACCACUCCAAGUUCUUUGAAGAGCCCGAGGACCCAAGCAACCGGUCCUUUUUUUCUGAAAUCAUCUCAUCCAUCUCCGAUGUCAAGUUCAGCCACAGUGGGCGCUACCUGAUGACCCGGGAUUAUCUGACCGUUAAGGUGUGGGACCUAAACAUGGAAAGCAAACCCCUAGAGACCUAUCAGGUCCAUGACUACCUGAGGAGUAAACUCUGCUCCUUGUAUGAGAACGACUGCAUCUUUGACAAGUUCGAGUGUGUCUGGAACGGAUCGGACAGCAUGAUCAUGACCGGCUCAUACAACAACUUCUUCCGAAUGUUUGACCGCAAUACAAAACGGGAUGUGACUCUGGAGGCGUCGCGAGAGAACAGCAAGCCGCGGGCCAUCCUGAAGCCGCGCAAGGUGUGUGUGGGUGGAAAGCGGCGCAAGGACGAAAUCAGCGUCGACAGCCUGGACUUCAGCAAGAAAAUCUUGCAUACCACCUGGCACCCCUCAGAGAACAUUAUUGCCGUAGCCGCCACUAACAACCUCUAUAUCUUCCAGGAUAAGGUCAACUAACGCAGGCACAGCUUGGGUGGCCCCACACACACACACACACACACACACACACACACACACACACACACACACACACACACACACACUCAUACACACACGCAUGGACACUCAGACAGGCAGACUGGAGUGCCUGAUCGCUGCAUGGGGCCAGUGUUUGGUUGCAGGAGUCAUGAUGCUGGUGGAAGGUAAACUUUUUGUGCCAAAAGGAGCUGGAAAUCCAGAGAGCAUGACCAGACCGAAAUUAAAGACGCAGGCAUGUUGCGCGCUGGAGAGUUCGAAUAAGAUGCGCUAUGCUUUUUUUUUUUUACAUAACUCAUUCUACUGUCCUAUUUUCAUCGCCACGCCCACAUUUCCUCUCUUUCUCUUUUAAGCACCUGUUAUUUAUUCUAUUUAUUUACUCCUCCAUUCGCAGGAAAAGACCUGAUGGUUUAACAUUGAAACAAUGCAUAACAUGCGCUGUUUCUUUAGAAUCAUCAGGUUUAACAGAUCUGACUCUAAGGACAUUGUCAGUAAGCUUUGUGUGGUCUGUUUUUUUCAUUGACUCUCGCAUCAGUGCCCAGGAUUCUGACACCAAAGGGCACUCUAUAAUGAAGCUGACAAAGGUCUAGACAGAAAGGACACAGUUCCAUUCCCUAAUGCCCUUCAUCCUCUACACAUCUGUCAAUGAAACUGAACUGGACUUUGGAUCUGGCCGUGCACACUGAUGCUAAGGCCAUAUACAAUUUCUGAACAUGAUUUUAGUUCUUUGCUACCUGAUUUCUUUGAAAAUGUGGAGGUAUAUGUGGUCUGAAGAAGUCAUCAACGUUGCUGUUUUAUUCGUCUUUUUAUGUUGUUUCAUUUAAUAAGCUGUGGUGCCUUCUUUUCGUAUGUGGACUCGAGAGCAGUUGGGAAGGGGGUCUAUGGGAUGCGAUCAUGGUUUUUGAAUGGUGUGAUAUGUUGGUUUGUGGAACGUGACUGUUUUUUUUUUUUUUUUUUUUUUUAAACGAAAAGUGGACAAUAGCUUUGUGUAAGGAAACAUGAACGAAAGUGAUGUAUUCAGAUACACAAAAUGUAAGUACUUGAAUUACGCAAAACAGGUCAUGAUGUCAGCUCUGUAGGCUUCUGAUUUCAAAGUGUACAUCCCUGGAUUUGAAUCGUUUAGUGCAGUGUUAGGUGGAAGCAGUUAUUGCACUCGUGACGAAUCGCUCUAAUUAACUAAGAGAAUGUCUGCUCAGCAGGGUGCAAACUGCAGCAUGAAAUACUUUUGCCUCUUAUUCAGACAGCUCACAUGUUCCACUCUUGUGCAUUUCUCUCAGCUAAUGCACCAUCCUACUUUUAAGUAUAUUUCAUGAUGUGGACAAAAGUGAAUGGUCGAUGAAUAAUGUAGCCUAACUAGACAUGAAGAAUAUAUGAUAUCAGGGAAUUUUAGGUACAAGUCGUUUAAAAAAAAAAAAAAAAGUAACAUCUAACCAAUUUCAGUUGAGAACUUGUUAAUGGAACAAAGUUUUAUAGCUCAGAAUGUAUUUAAAUGCAAUUGAAUGACAUGCAGUCUUUAUGCUUAAUGGAAUUUGUUGAAAUAAAAAAUGAAAACGUGCAA